AUGAUGGAAGAGCAUCUCCACGAGGUCAAACGAGAAAAUAAGAAACAAGAACAACGUUAUCAGAUCAAUCAAGCUCGGAAGUGUCAUCAAGCCUUCAAAACGAGCACAUACGAACAAUUCAAGGACGUUAAUCCUGACAGAGUGGAAGGCACUUGUCGUUGGGUGCUUUCUCACCCUCAGUAUCUCCAGUGGGCCACAAGCGACGAAGAUAACUUUCUCUGGAUUUCGGCCGAUCCUGGCUGUGGCAAGUCAGUCCUCGCUAAAUCGCUCGUUGAUAAUGAGCUCCGAACCACUAUCGAUCAUACCGUAUGCUAUUUCUUCUUCAAAGACAACGAGCAGCAGGAUAAGUUAACUACUGCUCUUUGCGCCCUCCUCCAUCAGUUGUUCUCCCACCAGCCUCAGCUAGUCCAAUAUGCAAUUUCGGCGUGGGAGAAAACCGGCGACAACGUGGUGAAGGAGGUACCGGAGCUAUGGCGCACGUUACUUGCAGCGGCAAUGGGUCAUGAGGCCCACGAUGUGACGUGCGUUUUGGAUGCGCUGGACGAAUGUCGACUACCCGAUCGGCAGCGGCUGAUUGACAUGCUUGGGAGGUUCUACGCCCAGAUAUCACCCUCUUCUUCUACGACGCGACGAGGGCGAUUGAAAAUUCUCGUCACCAGUCGACCAUACUUUGAGGUCGUUCAAGGGUUUCACCGCAACGCACGUCAUCGACAUCUAUAUCAUAUAGCCGCAGAAAAAGAGAAUGCAUCACUCACUAGCGAUGUGCAACUAUACGUUCGACAACGUUUGAAUGAUUUGAGCGUAUCCAAUAUAUCCCCUCAGCAAAUUUGCGUGGUUGAGGAGAAACUGAUGCUUGCCCACCAGCACAAUUUUCUCUGCGCUUUCCUGUUGACUGAAUCUUUAUUCGAACAGCCACCAGGAACAAUGAAGCAGCUUCUUGCAGUGCUAGACCAGCUGCCAAAGAGCAUGGAAGAACAAUAUGAGAGGAUCUUAAGUCGGUGUAAAAACCACCGCAAAGCAAAGGAAGUCUUGUCACUUAUCGUCGCCGCACGGAGACCUUUGAGCCUGGAGGAAAUCGACGUUAUACUAUCAUUCCAAGACAAUGGACGCUCAUGUCACGACCUCGACCUUCAAGGCUGCGAAGGAGUAUUGGAUACUGUUCGGUAUACAUGCGGACUCUUUGUCAGGGUCGUCGACGGCAAAAUAUACCUGUUACACGAAACCGCAAGAGAAUUCUUACUGAGGCGUGUCCGCCUUAGCCCCAAUAGAUACGGCACGAGGUCUUGGAAAUCCAGUAUUGGUCUAGCUACUUCCCACUCCAAUCUAGCUUUGACCUGUGUCACAUUCAUGAAGAUGAGAAACCGUCCUCGUCUUGCACCAUUUUCUGCCUUUCUCAAUUACGCUCAUCAAAAUUGGGCAUAUCAUGUCCUUGAGGCAUGGGGGUUGGUACGGGAAAGUGGGCAAGGACAGUUUAUUCAGAAAAUGAUCGGCUGGGGACUCGACAUGCAACUGGUAGACGCUGACGGAAGAACGCUUUUACAUCAGACUUUGAACGUGGCAGAGAUAAACCUUGAGCACGUUCGCCUGGUACUCUCUCACGGGGGUUUGGUUCAAAGUGCUGACCGGGAAAAUAUGACCUGUAUGCAUUACGCCGCCUUGCGGCGCGAGCACGGUGUGAUUCCAAUCCUGAUUGAAGCAGGAUUCAAUGUCAAUGCCCGCGUGAUCCGAGGCAAUCCCACAGGAUUUGAGGCUGCUUCGGUCGGAUCGAAGGUCCAAAGGAAUUCUGUAAGCAAGCUAGGUCUUACGGCUCUUCACGCAGCAGCCUUUUUCGGGAGGCCAGAUAACCUGCGAUUGCUUCUUAACGAAGGGGCCGAGGUGAAUGUCCAAAAUGAGACCCGUCGGACUGCCUUACAUCUUGUCCUUGGUUUGUCACUAGGAGGUCGCAGACUGUACGACAUAUGGGACGACGCUGUAUACAUGGUUGACCACAUUUGGGAUUACGAUGAUGAAGAUUAUGUUGAGACGGAUUCCCAGGCACAUGAAGCACGCCAGUCCAUUUUGCACAUGUUAUGCGACCACCCUAAUAUCGACAUUUCCAUAAAGGACAAUUACGGACAAACAGCGUUGCAUAUGGUGCGGUAUAAUAGAGACGGAUCAGAAGUGCACGCGACGCAACACCUGAUCGAACACGGAGCAGAUCGGUUAGCCCAGGAUGACGACGGUGUGACUCCACUCCACCUUGCUGCUCGAGCUGGAGACCUAUUAUCCCUUGAAGUUCUCGUGGAAAGUCCAGGUGAUGUCAUGAUAGAGGACAAUAGAGGUUGCAAUUCACUACUCUGCGCAGCCAGGAGUGGGUUUGACGAUGUUGUUCAAUUCGUCGUCGAUAUGUGCGCAGACAGCUCUAUCUACCUAUCUGCUGAUCACCUGGGGCGCAAUGCGUUGCAUCAUUGCUUCUAUGAUGAGAAUGACUUUUUCCUACACCCAACCCCAGAAUUGGUUCGAGUAUUACUCCAGGCAGGGGUAAACGCCAAUCAUCAAGACCACGAUGGACUAGAUACUCUGGCUUGGUACGCAAGCAACCUUUUUCUGAAUGCUGAAGUGGAGAUCAUGGAGCUAUUGAUCACUCAUGGCGCCGACUUGAACUACAAAGACCAGAGUGGCCGAAACCUUGCUCACCUUGUCAUGCAAUGUGAUGUCGAAUUCGACUUAGAUGUCUUACUGAUGCUGCUCAAAUACGGUGUGGAUGCUCUAUCCGUCGAUCACGACGGUCGAGGCAUCUUGCAUCACGCAGCAAUAUCCGGCUCUGUGACGGUUGAGCUGUUGUCUUAUUUGAGUGAGUCAUUGCAUCUGAACAUAGCUUCCUUGGACGCGUUUGGGAAGAGCGCCCUUGACUGCGCCAAAGAAACGCGGAGAGAGAUUGCCGAGAAGCCUUGGGGACCUGACAUCUUCCGCGAGGACAGGUGGCGGGACACCGAAGCAGCUUUCCUACAACAUGGUCGGGACUAUCGAAAAAAACCUAGGUGA